AAUCUUGAAGAUCCAACAAAUGUCUAUGUUACUACUUAUCAAGAAGUAACGGCCGAAUGUGAUAAACCGAUAUAUAAUCUUAUGCCAUUCAUUGAAAAGCUUCCAUAUUUUAAUCGAAUUGAAGCACUUAAAAAAGCUGCAAAGAUUAAUGAAUUAUAUAAUGGAAUUAUUGAAGAAAAACGUAAAUCAAUGGAAACGGAAGAAUUAGAUAAAAAAAUAAAUAAUAAUACCGCUGAUUUUUUAGAUUGUAUGAUGUACACUUCUGGCGAUCCAAAAAAUCCCAUGUCAAACGAAGAAAUGCGAAACAAUCUUGCUGCAAUGUUUAUGUUGGUUGGUCAUGAUACUAGAUGUGUGCAAAGAAAAGUUCGCGAUGAAAUGUUACGCGUCCUUGGCGAUGAUUUAACCCCAAUCAUAGAUUAUCAUAGUAUAUCAGGAGAAUUAAAAUAUUUGUACAUGGUUAUGGAUGAAAACUUAAGAUUUUAUCCUCCGGUUCAUCAAUUACCACGUAGAGAAAAUUCAGAGAUUAUUAAAUUUCGAAAUCAUGUAUUUUGGCCGAAAACUCCGAUAUUAAUAAAUAUUUAUGGAAUCCAUCAUUCACCAAAAUAUUGGAAGGAUCCUGAAGAAUUUAUUCCUGAAAGAUUUGAAGAUGGAAAGCUCAAUCGUGAUAUUUGUCUACCUUUUGGUGGUAAUAUGUUUUCACUUAUUGAACAAACAACGACGUUAUGUGCUUUAUUAAGAAAAUAUGAGAUAUCUUUACCAGCAGAUAGUAUUCAUAAAGAUAAAUUACAUCUUGAUCAUUUUAACGCUUUGCAAGUAGAAAGGACGGACAAAAAGGGUUCAUGCAGCAGCGUAUAUUUAUUAAAUGAAUUUCAUGUUAAUUUUGUUGCAACUUCAUGCUUAAAUAUCAUUAAAGAA